GGUGACCUUUGAGGAGGUGUCUGUGCACUUCACUGAGGAGGAGUGGGCCCUGCUGAAUCCAGACCAAAGAAGCCUUCACAAGGAAGUCAUGGAGGAAAACUGUCAGAAUGUGGCCUCUUUGGAGCCUGAUGGACCCCCGGAAAAGCUCAAGGGAGGACCACAACAGCUCCCUCUAGAAAGGAAACAGCAAAGAAGACGCACUGGAACAGACUGGAAGAGGGAGAGUGAAUUCUCUACUUCUCAGGGUCCUGAAUCCCAGGACUUCUCCCCAGACCAAGGAAAGAUCAGUUGCCCUGUGUGUAGAAAAACAUUUAGAUAUAAAUCAGUGUUUGAUAGACACUGGACAAUCCAUACAGGGAAGAAACCAUAUCAAUGUUUGGAGUGCGGAAAGGCUUUUGUUCGGAAGGAACUCCUUUUGCAACACAACAACAUUCAUACAGGGCAGAUAUCUCAUAAAUGCUUGGAGUGUGGUAAGAGCUUUGCUCGGAGUAGAGAUGUUACUAUCCACCGUCGAAUCCACACAGGGGAGAAACCAUAUACAUGUUUGGAGUGUGGAAAGAGAUUUAUUCACAGUGGCAACCUUACUUCACAUCAGCGAGUUCACACAGGGGAGAAACCAUAUAAAUGUUUGGACUGUGGAAAGCGGUUUACUCACAGAGGCACCCUUACUGCACAUCAACGAAUCCACACAGGUGAGAAACCAUAUAAAUGUUUGGAGUGUGGAAAGAGCUUUGCUCAGAGGACACAUCUUAUUGUCCAUCGACGAAGCCACACAGGGGAGAAACCAUAUAAAUGCAUGGAGUGUGGAAAGAGCUUUGCUCGGAGUAAAUACCUUACUAACCAUCGACGAAGCCACACAGGGGAGAAACCUUAUAAAUGCUUGGAGUGUGGCAGGAGCUUUGCUUUGAUUGGAAGACUUGCUCGUCAUCGACAGAUCCACACAGGGGAGAAACCAUUUAAAUGUUUGGAGUGUGGCAAGAGUUUUGCUCGAAGUACCAGCCUUACUGUCCAUCAACGUAUCCACACAGGAGAGAAACCAUAUACAUGUUUGGAGUGUGGAAAGAGAUUUAGUCAGAGUACCAGACUAACUGUACAUCAACGUUUCCAUACAGGGGAGAAACCAUAUAAAUGUUUAGAGUGUGGAAAGAAGUUUACUUGCAGAGGCACCCUUACUGUACAUCAACAUUUCCACACAGGAGAGAAACCAUAUAAAUGUUCGGAAUGUGGCAGGAGCUUUGCUUUGAUUGGAGGACUUGCUCGUCAUCGACAGAUCCACACAGGAGAGAAACCAUUUAAAUGCUUGGAGUGUGGCAAGAGUUUUGCUCUAAGCGCAUACCUUACUGUCCAUCAACGUAUCCAUACAGGGGAGAAACCAUAUAAAUGUUUGGAGUGCGGAAAGAGAUUUACUCAGAGGACACAGCUUACUGCGCAUCAAUAUUUCCACACAGGGGUGAAACCAUAUAAAUGUUUGGAGUGUGGAAAGAGGUUUACUCAAAGUGGCACCCUUACUGCACAUCGACGUUUCCACACAGGUGAAAAACCAUAUAAAUGUUUGGAGUGUGGAAAGAGCUUUGCUCAGAGGAGACAGCUUACUGUCCAUCGACAAAUCCACACAGGGGAGAAAUCAUAUAAAUGCACAGAGUGUGGAAAGAGCUUUGUUGAGAGUUCAGAACUUACUGUCCAUCAACGAAUCCACACAGGAGAAACCAUACCCAGUCUUCCUCCUCAACAGGGAUCCGAAAUGACUUACCUUGUUCUCCUGCCUUUCAUUUUUUCCUCACAUGUGUCGCACAUAGCAGAGAACAUCGCAGCCACCUUGAGGAGGGAGUUAGAAGACUGGGUAGGCGAGGGCAGCGUGCGUGAUGACAGAUGGUGGUGCAAGCAUGAGGGCAGCAGUAGUGCAGCGUUCUUGGCUUCCUUUGGGGGCCCAGAUGCACCACGUGCAGACUUGGUUCCAGGAGUGUACACGCUCGUGAAAAGGCUGCAGCAGGGCAUCGCUGCCAGGCUAAAGCCUCUCACCGAGAAGGAGCUGUACAUGUUGGCGACCACGUGUGACCUGUGCAUUAAGGGCACUUUUGCUGAGUGGGAUGGGAGCACAAGCACCAGAGAUGUCCUCUGUCUGCAGGCUCCCCCUGCGGCCACUGCCAGGAUGUCUAUGGAGAUGGAGAUGCUCCAGUGGGCCCUUGGCCCCUCUGGGAUUCGAUCGCUUCCUGCUCUGUGGGAAGACUCGCCUUUCAGUUUCCCGCCCGGGAGUUUGGAGAGGGGCUGGGGGGCGGGCUGGGCCAGGCGGCGGCUGCCCGUGGAGCAGGAGAGGAUGAGGGCAGAGCCGGGCCCGGGGGACGAGGAGGAGCGCCCUUGGGACGCGCAGCGCCGGCGCUUCAGGCAGCUCCGCUACCGGGAGGCCGAGGGGCCCCGGGGGGUCUGCAGCCGCCUCCAUCACCUCUGCCGCCAGUGGCUGGAGCCCGAGAGGCGCAGCAAGCGGGAGAUGCUGGACCUGGUGCUCCUGGAGCAGCUCCUGGCCGUCCUGCCCCCGGAGAUGGAGCGCUGGGUGCGGGGCUGCGGGCCCGAGAGCAGCGCCCAGGCGGUGGCCCUGGCCGAGGGCUUCCUCCUGAGCCAGGCAGAGGGCGAGGAGCAGGAGCCGCAGCAGGUGCAGGAGAAGAUCGCACAGGAGCAUCACCACAAAACAUCUUUGCGGGGUGGUGCCUUGAAACCAGCUAUACCUUCUUUGGCAUCAGUUUGUGGCAGAGAGAAAGCCGAUUUCAUGCAGCAGGACUCGGGCCUGGUGACCUUUGAGGAGGUGUCUGUGCACUUCACGGAGGAGGAGUGGGCCCUGCUGAAUCCAGACCAAAGACGUCUUCACAAGGAAGUCAUGGAGGAAAACUGUCAGAAUGUGGCCUCUUUGGAGCCUGAUGGUCCCCAGGAAAAGCUCAAGGGAGGACCACAACAGCUGCCUCUAGAAGGGAAACAGCAAAGAAGAUGCACUGGACCAGACCGGAAGAGGGGGAGUGAAUCCUGUGCUUCUCAGGGUGCUGAAUCUCAGGACUUCCCCCCAGACCAAGGGAAGAUCAGUUGCCCUGUGUGUGGAAAAACAUUCAGAUAUAAAUCACUGUUUGAUAGACACUGGAGAAUCCACACAGGGGAGAAACCAUAUCAAUGUUUGGAGUGUGGAAAGGCCUUUGUUCGGAAGGAACACCUUUUGGAACACAAAAACAUUCAUACAGGGCGGAAACCUCAUAAAUGCUUGGAGUGUGGUAAGAGCUUUGCUCGGAGUAAAGAUGUUAUUAUCCAUCGUCGAAUCCACACAGGGGAGAAACCAUAUGCAUGUUCGGUGUGUGGAAAGAGGUUUACUCAGAGUGCCAACCUUGCUGCACAUCAACGUUUCCACACAGGGGAGAAACCAUAUAAAUGUUUAGAGUGUGGAAAGAGCUUUGCUCAGAAGAUACAGCUUACUAUCCAUCAACAAAUGCACACAGGGGACAAACCAUAUAAAUGCUUGGAGUGUGGAAAGAGUUUUGUUCAGAAGGCACAUCUGUUGGAACACCAAAAAAUUCAUACAGGGGAGAAACCUCAUAAAUGCUUGCAGUGUGGGAAGAGCUUUACUCAUAAUUAUACUCUUACUGUUCAUCAACAAAUCCACACAGGCGAGAAACCAUAUAGAUGCUUGGAGUGUGGAAAGAACUUUGUUCGAAGUAAAGACCUUACUACUCAUCAACGAGUCCACACAGGAGAGAAACCAUAUAAAUGCUUGGAGUGUGGAAAGACCUUUGCUUGGAGUAAAGACCUUACUACCCAUCGACGAACCCACACAGGGGAGAAACCAUAUAAAUGUUUGGAGUGUGGAAAGACUUUUGCUCGGAGUAAAGACCUUAACACCCAUCGACGAACCCACACAGGGGAGAAGCCAUAUAAAUGCUUGGAGUGUGGAAAGAGCUUUGCUUGGAAUAAAGACCUUAUUAUCCAUCAGCGAACCCACACAGGGGAGAAACCAUAUAAAUGUUCUGAUUGUGGAAAGAGUUUUGCUCGGAGUAAAGACUUUACUACUCAUCAACGAGUGCACACAGGAGAGAAACCAUGUAAAUGUUUGGAGUGUGGAGAGAGCUUUGCUUGGAGUACACAGCUUGCUGCCCAUCGACAAAUCCACACAGGAGAGAAACCAUAUAAAUGCUUGGAGUGUGGAAAGAGCUUUGCUUGGAAUAAAGACCUUACUACCCAUCAACGAACCCACACAGGAGAGAAACCAUAUAAAUGUUCUGAUUGUGAAAAAACCUUUGCUCGGAGUAAAGACUUUACCAUCCAUCGACGAAUCCACACAGGGGAGAAACCAUAUAAAUGUUCUGAGUGUGAAAAGAGCUUUGCUCGGAGUAAAGAUCUUACUACCCAUCGACGAACACACACAGGAGAGAAACCAUAUAAAUGCUUGGAGUGUGGCAGGAGCUUUGCUUUGAUUGGAGGACUUGCUGGUCAUCGACAGAUCCACACAGGGGAGAAACCAUUUAAAUGCUUGGAGUGUGGCAAGAGCUUUGCUCGAAGUGCAUACCUUAGUGUUCAUCAACGUAUCCACAAAGGGAAGAAACCAUAUAUAUGCUUGACAUGUGGAAAGACCUUCAACCAAAACACAGAGCUUAGCUACCAUGAGAGAGUCCAUGAAGAAGAGAAACCAUCUAUAUAUUUGGAGUGUGGAAAGGGCUUUGUUGGCAAUGGAACCCUUUCUGUCCCUCAGCAUAUCCACACAGGAGAAACCAUACCCUGUCUUCCUCCUCAACAGGGAUCCGAAAUGACUUACAUUGUUCUCCUCCCUUCCAUUUUUUCCUCUCAGUAAUCCUGCUGAAAGGAAAGUUAGGCUGAGAACAAGUCACUGGCCCACAGUCAACCAGCAACUUCCAAAGGGAUAGGUGGUAUUUGAAGUUGGACGGACACUGACUGCUUGCUGGGAACCAACAUCAAGAUAAUUCACACUGUCAUAUUCCCCAUUACUGUGUUUGGGUGUGAAAGUUGGACAAUGAAGAAAGCUGACAGAAAGAAAACUGACCCAUUUGAGAAAUGGUGUAGGUGGAGAUUUUUACAGUUACCAUGGAGGUCAGAAAGAUAAUGAGGAGGUUUUACGCUCAAAUCAAGUCUGAAUUCUCCCUAGAAGCAAAACUGGGGCUAUUGUACUUCGAUCACAUCAUGAGAAGACCAGACUCACUGGAAAAGACAAUAAUGCUAGGAAAGGUGGAAGGCAGUAGGACAAGAGGAAGACCCAAAAUGUUAUGGCUUGACUCAGUGAAGGAAGCCAUGGCCCCCAGCCUGCAAAGUCUGAGCAAGGUUGUUAACGAUAGGACAUUUUGGUUAAUUCGUAGGGUUGCCAUAAGUCUGAAGUGGCUUGAGAGCAGGCCUCAGUCACUCACACACGCACAUAUACAUGCUUGUUCUACCUUCCCUGUCUGUGCUUCCUUUCUCCCCGAAGUUGACACAAAAGAGGGUCACAUUGUUAUGGUCUCCCAUUGCACCACAACACCUACCUUGUGAGGUGCAUUAGCUGUGAGUGUGUUGUUAAGAAUAUAGCUAGAAAUAUAGGAGGACUGUUCCUGGAUUUGAUCAAUAAAAUCAUACCAGAUGUGUUUGCACAAAGAAACAGCUAGCCUGGUCCAAUAGCGAGACAUGCUACAAAGGGAGUCUAGAGCAACCUUGGAGAGGGGCAUGAAGCAGAAGAGUAACACAGUCCAAUGGUCUUAUGUCGAUUAGAGUCAUGCAGCCCAUAUCAAUAAUACAUGCUAAGGCCCAGAUACAGAAGGCACCUGAAAAUGAAAGGAAUGCCAACUUCACAGAAACGGAAGAUAUGAUCCAAUGAUGGGUGUUUUGGUUGAGGGCCAAAAGAUAUUCAUAUGUAUGAGAAACUUGUAAUCACUAAUUUUACAUAGACUUUGUGAAGACAAAAUGUAACAAGAAUGAACUGAUAAGUUUUAUAUAUUUUAAGAAGACGUUUCAUACACAUAUUUAUAUAUUUAAUGGAUUUUUUCUUUAUUUAAACAAUAAACAACGUAAAAGCUAUAGACAACAUAUAGGAUUUAAAAAA